AUCUUAUUGACAUAAGAUGAAAUCUACUCGAACGAUUUCGCAUCCAACUCUUAUCAAAACUUUUACGUUCUAUCGAGUUUUAAUGAAAUUAUCAAAUCCGUUUCAGAUUAUUUAGCUUAACGAACGGAGGGUAUAUAUUAAAAUAUGACAUGGCUAGACACAGCGAUGGCUGACUUCUUGGUUCUAGAUAAAUUCUUUCAUUUCCAGAAUCGUAUCAACAUAUCAAUAUUAUCCAAUAUCAACAUCAAUGAAUUCCAGUAUUACUAAUCGUCUAUAUUGUUGUGUACUGGUAAUGCUCUAUACUGCUUAUCAGAGCCGUUACCGGAUCGAUCCGUCUUCACCGAUUGAAAGAAACUUUAUUGAUAUGCAGUUUUUCUCUAAUAAAAUAUAUCGAUAGCAAGCUUGAGUGAUGUUCUUAUCAAAAUAAUUAAACAAUUUUAUUUUCUUCUGUUCAUCAACACUGUUUUAUUUCCUCAAUCGAAGUAUGUUUCAUUUUUUUUGAAAAAUCAUAAUCAAAGCUAUGCUACUGAAGCUAAACUUCUCAACUUAUUUCAUCGACGUUUCUUUAGAGAUCAAAUUUAAGUUUGGACCGGCAUUCGAAGAGAAAGGGUUCGGUUUGUCUGCAAAAUCUAAGUAGAAAAAUUCAAGAUUUAGAGUUUAGCAAUAAGUUAUUGAUUUAAUAGUUCGUUUUGUUUUCGUGCUACAUAGAGAAUCAUUACAUAUUCAUAUUUUUGAAAUCUAACAAAUAUAAAUGCCUAUAACAUGAUAUUUCUUCAUGGAGACUUGUAAAAACCUGAGUGUUCUCUUUGAAGCUAUUCCUAUUAACCAAUUAAAAAUGACUCAGCAAACUGGUCAGUUGUUGCCGAUUUUCACUGUUCUAAAAGAGUUUUUGAACCAGGUGGAUCGAGCAGGUACAAAAAUUCCUGAUCGAUUACAACUUCGCUGCUUAUAAUGAUUAAGAUUUCGAAAGGUCGGAGUUUUUACUCGGGCUUAAAUUUAUCUCGUUAAUCCUUAUAAAGGGUCUUAUUUUUUUAACUAUAGUUGCUACAUUCUAUAGUGCUGAGCAAAGCAGCAUAGUGAGCAGUAAGAUGACGUAGCAUACAUCAGAAGAACAUAGUGUUAAACAGUAUGAAUUUAGAUCAUACUAUAGUUAUAGCAUCCUGCUCAGCACUUCGAAAUGUACCAACUAAUUAAAGAAAGAGUUAAUGAGAUCAGCUUAAGUCUAGGUCGAAAAGUCAUCAGAAUUUUGGACUGGACCAAAAUUCUUGUCACUCAAUAUUCCAAAUUAGUCAUAUGUGAAUAGAUUGUCUAAGAUAAGUAUCGAUCAAGAGAUAUGUUACAUUCAAGUUGAGUACUAUUCAUCUCUGAUUCAAUGAACAACACAUGAGAUGAAAUGAAAACAAAAAGAAAGAACAUUAUCGGCAACUACCGACAACUAUUGAUCGAUUAAUACUCUCAUUCCAAAACGAAUAUAAUGUGGAAUCAUGAAUCUUAAUCUGACUAAUGCUUACUAAGUGAUAACUAAUUCAUGCAAAAAGAUUUGUUUUUUUUUGUUUGACUAGUUUGAUAAACAAUGUGCAUGCUCAUAA